CCUUAGCUUCCAUUCUACCUUAUCUUUUUCCUCUUCCUUAAAGCUUAGUAUCUCCAUCACAAAAUUCCAGUUACGCAAUCCGAUUUUUCUUUACCACCCAAUUUUCAUUACCAUAUCCUAAAACCCUAAUUCUCUUCUCUCAUGGAAACCGAGUUUUCUGCCCCAGAAAUCGCUUCUCAGCCGCUCUCUGCCACUCCAGGUUCUCCUUCUUCUUCCUCUUCUUCUUCUUCCUCCUCUUCUUCUUCUUCCGAUGAUGAUUCUAAGUUUGUAACUAGUUCGGUAAGCGAUUAUGCUUUGAAAGAAAAUGAUAAUAGAACUAGUGAUAUUGAUGAGAACGGUGAUGGCAAGUUUGAAACAGUACCCGAGAGGCCAUUUGUGGCUGACCCUGAUGAAGUAUUUCCGACUGUUGGGGAUGUUAGCGAUACCCCUUUUGUUGGUUCUGAUGGUUCGGAUGUGAUUUUGAAGGAGGAGUCGUUUGGGGGUGGUGAUAAUGGUUUAGAGGAGUUUAGAGGUGAGGGUUCGCUGCGAAAGGUUGAUUUUGAUAGUGUUGGUAAUGGAGAAGAGAAGGAUAAUAAGGUGGGAAUGGGCUCUACUGGUGAAGCUGACCAAGCUGUUUUAUCAAUUGAGAGUGAAGAGGAAGGUAGAAUUGGGAUGGUUGAGAAUGAGGAUAAUUCGGUGUUAGAUGGUGGAGCUAAGGUUGUUAAUCCUGUGAUUGCAGAAGCAGUAGAUGGUGAGGUGGUUGAUGAUGAUGGUUCGAAAUUUUCCGGUGGAGAGGAGUUGGCUGUUGAUGCAACGCCUUUAACUGGUGAUGGUUUAGGCAUUGAGACAUCGGAGAUUAAGGAGACAGAGGUGGUUCCGGUUGAUGGGGAUGUGAGCUUGGAUAAUGGCUUUAAUCAGGCUGGUCAUGAUGAAGAAGAACGUGUUCUGGAUGUCCAUCCUGUGUCUGAUAAAACUAUUGACCCUGUUGCGACCGAUGAAAUUGAAACUACUGAGGUCUUGACUUCUGAAACCAAUGCCGAGAGGAAAGCUGAUGUUGCUGGUGGGGGUUUGCUUGCUAAAGAUGGUUCCGAAUCUGAGCUAAGUGACCUCAAAGAGGAGGCAGGUGUAGAUAUGUUGGAGCAAGCGUCUACUGAGAAAAUAGAUGGAGGGGGUAUAGAUGGAAUUCAGACCAUGGAUGAUUCUGCUCAACCCACUGAAAUGAUGGCAGCUCGUGAAAUGGAGGUUUCAGAUGCUGAUUCUGAAAGCAAAAGAUCAGUAGCCAUGGCAGUAGAAGAAUCUCAUUUACCAAAGUCUGUUGAACAAAAUAGUUUUGAAGGUGAAAUGCAAGAGGAGCACCAUCAGAAUGAAGGUGCUGAAAUUGGAGGCUCAGAUACUGACGGAGAGGCUGAAAGCAUGUUCUUUGAGAAUGCUGAUGCUGCUGAGCAAUUCUUGAAGGAGCUAGAACGAGGAGCUGCCAUUGGUUCUCACUCGGGUGCUGAUACUUCUCAUGAUCAUUCGCAGACAAUUGAUGGUCAGAUUGUCAUUGAUUCUGAUGAAGAAGGGGAUACAGAUGAAGAAGGGGAGGGGAAGGAGUUAUUUGAUUCUGCUGCUUUGGCAGCCCUCUUGAAAGCAGCAACCGGCGCUGGCUCUGAUGGUGGUAACAUUACUAUAACCUCUCAAGAUGGAUCUAGGCUUUUCUCUGUUGAACGUCCUGUGGGUUUAGGAUCCUCACUGCAAAAUGCAAAACCUGCAGCUCGAUCAAACAGGCCUAACUUAUUUAGUCCUUCUGCUGUAACAAGUAGGAGAGACUCCGACAUCAACUUGACUGAAGAAGAUAAAAUAAAAUUAGAAAAGUUGCAACUUAUUAGAGUCAAAUUCUUGAGGCUUGUUCAGAGGCUAGGACUCUCUACGGAAGAUUCUGUUGCAGCACAGGUUCUUUAUAGACUGGCGCUUGUUGCAGGGAGGCAAACCAGUGAACUGUUUAGUGUUGAUUCUUCAAAGAGGAAAGCUCUGGAACUUGAAACAGAGGGUAAAGAUGAUUUAAGCUUCUCCUUGAACAUACUUGUGCUUGGGAAAAUUGGGGUGGGCAAGAGCGCCACAAUAAAUUCAAUCUUUGGUGAGGAGAAGACUUCAAUUCAUGCAUUUGAACCUGCCACUUCAGUUGUGAAAGAGAUUACUGGAACAUUAGAUGGUGUGAAAUUGAGGAUCAUUGAUACCCCAGGUUUGAGAUCUUCUGCCAUGGAGCAAGGUGCCAAUCGCAAGGUCCUAGCUUCUAUAAAGCAAUACAUGAAGAAGUGUCCCCCUGAUGUUGUAGUCUAUGUUGAUCGGUUGGACAGCCAGACCCGGGAUCUUAAUGAUCUUCCAUUGUUAAGAUCAAUCACUAAUUCUCUUGGCUCCUCUAUCUGGAAAAAUGCCGUAGUUGCUUUGACUCAUGCUGCUUCUGCACCUCCUGAUGGACCAUCUGGCUCGCCUUUGAGUUAUGAGGUGUUUGUUGCUCAACGUUCUCAUGUUGUUCAGCAGUCUAUUGCUCAGGCUGUUGGUGAUUUACGCAUGAUGAAUCCAAGUUUGAUGAAUCCUGUUUGUCUUGUUGAAAAUCAUCCAUCAUGCCGAAAGAAUAGGGAUGGCCACAAGGUGCUUCCUAACGGUCAAACUUGGAGACCUCAGCUAUUGUUGUUAUGCUACUCUAUCAAAGUCCUAUCUGAAGCAAGUUCUCUCUCCAAACCUCAAGAUCCAUUUGACCAUCGGAAGCUCUUUGGUUUUCGUGUCCGAUCUCCUCCUCUUCCAUACUUGCUAUCGUGGCUGUUGCAGUCUCGUAGCCAUCCUAAACUCUCUGCUGAUCAGGGUGGUGAGAAUGGUGACUCAGAUAUUGAUGUGGAUGAUUUAUCUGAUUCUGAUCAAGAAGACGACGAGGAUGAGUAUGAUAAGCUCCCACCAUUCAAAGCUCUAAGGAAAGCACAACUUGCUAAGCUUGACAAGGAGCAAAGGAAGGCAUAUUUCGAGGAGUAUGAUUAUCGGGUGAAGCUCCUCCAGAAAAAGCAGUGGGGGGAGGAGUUGAGAAGAAUGAGAGAGCUGAAGAAAGGAAAGCCUGCCGUUGAUGAAUAUGGUAACACAGGGGAAGAUGUUGAUCCGGAAACUGGUGGUCCUGCUUCUGUACCAGUUCCAUUACCUGAUAUGGUCCUGCCACCUUCCUUUGAUGGUGAUAAUCCAGCAUUCAGGUACCGGUUCUUGGAACCUACUUCUCAGUUCUUGGCGAGGCCAGUAUUGGACACUCACGGUUGGGACCAUGAUUGUGGCUAUGACGGUGUUAAUGUUGAACAUAGUCUAGCAAUCGCCAGCCAGUUUCCUGCUGCAGUUUCCGUUCAACUCACCAAGGAUAAGAAAGAGUUUAACAUCCAUUUGGAUUCUUCAGUUUCUGCCAAGCAUGGUGAAAAUGGAUCAACCAUGGCUGGCUUUGACGUCCAAAAUGUUGGAAAGCAAUUAGCUUAUGUUUUCAGAGGGGAGACCAAAUUCAAAAAUCUCAAAAAGAACAAAACAGCUGCCGGCUUCUCUGUCACAUUUCUAGGUGAGAAUGUUGCAACUGGACUCAAACUUGAGGAUCAUAUUGUUGUUGGAAAGCGGCUGGUUUUAGUUGGUAGCACUGGGACUGUUAGAUCCAAAGGUGAUUCAGCAUAUGGAGCCAAUCUAGAAAUGCGGCUCCGAGGCGCAGAUUUUCCAAUCGACCAGGAUCAAUCCACUUUGGGUUUGUCUCUAGUCAAAUGGAGAGGGGAUUUGGCACUGGGAGCCAAUUUUCAGUCUCAGUUAUCCGUUGGAAGGAAUUCAAAAGUAGCAGUUCGUGCAGGACUGAACAACAAGAUGAGUGGACAGAUAACUGUUCGAACAAGCAGCUCGGAUCAACUUCAGAUUGCACUCACCUCUAUGCUUCCUAUUGUCAUGGCAAUUUAUAAAAGCAUCAGGCCUGGGGUUAGUGACAACUAUUCAAUGUACUAGUUUGUUUAUUAGAUCAGAUUCUCCUCCCUUUGCAUAAUAUGCUUUAGAUUACUUUUGAGCAUGAACUACUAUUUUGAAUUUUGAUGAGAUAUCCAUUUUAUUGCUUAAUAAAUGUGUUUUUAAGCAUUGUAACUCAUUGCUUUUAUACAUAUGAAUGUUUGCUUUUCAACA